ACAGGAGAGCCGCCCAGCUGUGGGCAGAUGACACAGGGUGCGCCGCGCCCAGAGCCCGUUCUGCACGGAGCCCAAGUCCCAGGCGGGAGGAUCAGAUACGCGUGUGACUGUGGCCAGUCACUUAGGAGCAGGGGCGGGGUCUGGUUGAACUGUCCAGUCAGCGGCGAAUGGGCGGGGUCCGGACAAACCGCCAUCUGUGCCGAAUGGGACCAGGAGGGCUGUCCGUCAGGGCAGGGGCGGGGCACGGAUUACUAUCCAAUCAGAGCCCGGGUGCCGUAGAGCCGUCCAAUGAGGACGCGCGGCGGGCGCGUUCCCAGCCCGCGGAAGUUUCUCUCAGCAGCCCCGCCUCUUGUGCGAAUCCGCGCGGCCUCAGGUGUUCCGUCCCCAUCGGUCUCACCUGCCCGGGUCGCAGGGCCGCGGUGAGGACGCUUCGGAGGACCCGGAAGGGGUCGGAGAUGGACUCGGUGGGCUUUGAGGACGUGGCUGUGAACUUCACUGUGGAGGAGUGGGCUUUGCUGGGCCCGGCUCAGAGGAAGCUCUACAGAGACGUGAUGCUGGAGACCUUCAGGAACCUGGCCUCUGUGGGAUUUAGUUAUGCUACCAAUUGUUGCAGGUUCUUGCCCUCAAGUUAAAACCAGUGGAUCAAGUCCUCAGUGGGAUAUUUCGGAGAAUGAACUAUGCAGUGAACAGAAAAUAGUAAGAUUCAGAAGAAAUGAUUCCUAGUCUGUUUUUGGAGAAAACUGGGCAUUUCAUAACAUGCGUGAUCCGCAUGUAACCCAGGAGAGGCGUUUGAGAAAUCAUUUGGUGGAGAGUCUCUGUGAAGGUAAAGAAGAUGAUCAAUAUGGAGAAACCCUGAACCAGAUUACAAGUGUUACUGUGCAUAAGGGUUAUCCCACUGCAGUUCAGCCCUAUAAAUGCACUAAGUGUGGAAAAACCUUCAGGGAUCAUUCUUUCCAGAGGAAUCAGCAAAGCUAUCACCCUGGACACAAACCUUAUCCAUGCAAAGGAUGUGGGCAAGCCUGCAGCUCUGUCUUGUGCCUAAAUCCUCCUGAGGAAACAGACAUUGCAGAGAAAUAUGAUAAACAUCAGGAUGCUGGGAGAACAUCUAAGAGGUACAUGAAGAGUGACAGUAGUAAACAGUUUUUAGAGCUUAAGAAAUCUGGAAAAGCUCUCACUUGCCUGCCAUCU